AUGGCCUCGCACAUCACAAAAGGGGCACCCCGCGGCAUUGUUGGUGUAGACCCACAGGCUCUGGAAGCACUAUCCGAAGUCACUCUGGGACCUGCGGGAUUCUUGCACCGCGAGGCUACGCGGUACCCAUGGAUGCUCCGCCCCCCUGUGGCGAGAAGCUGCCAUAACAAUGGGGCCACAGCCAAGGAGCCCCCACAGACGGAUUCUCCGGUGAGAGUUUAUGAUUCAGCCUUUGGGGAAGUGAUUGAGACAGUUGACCACACAGGAUCCCAGGUCCGGCGUGAAGGUCACCAGUUCACCACACAGGAUCCUGGGUCUGGUGUGAAGGUGACCAUUCAGGGGGCCACGUGGACUCCCCAUGAAGCCUCCAACCAGACCCAGGCCAGCACCCUCCUGAGGCUCCUACUGGAUGACCACACGGAGGGGAGGAAUGACAUCAACUCCACCAGGGCCCUGAAGGUGCCAGAUGGAACUAGCGCCGCCUGGUAUAUCCUCACCAUCAUCGGCAUCUACGCGGUGAUUUUCGUCUUCCGGCUGGCCAGCAACAUUCUCAGAAAGAAUGACAAGUCCUUAGAAGAUGUUUAUUACUCAAAUCUGACCUCUGAACUCAAAAUGAAAGGCCUCCAGGGCAAGGUCGCCAAGUGCUCCUCACUGACCAUCAGCAACAGGGCUGUGCUGCAGCCCUGCCAGGCCCCCCUGGGGGCAAAGGGCGGGAGCAGCGGGCCCCAAACCGCAACCCCAGAGACCCCCUGAGAGUCAAGGCCAGGAGGCCUUCCCCAGGACGACCCCAGACUUCUUGCAGGGGAGCAGUUUUGGGUUUACUUGGAGCCCUUGAGUGGGUCUGGGGGUGCAUCACUGACCAGGGGUGCUUCUGGCUGCUAGUUUGCGACCAGAGUCAGCCACCCAUUUCCUCCUCAGACUUCCAGGUGCUUUGAGAAGAGAGAGCAGGGCAGUGGUUUCUAGCCAAAUUCAAUCUUCACUGGCAAAGCCUGUGCUCUGGGGAGGAGCACUGUUCCACUGUUCUUGGAGGAAUCCAGAGACUCCUGGGGGCAUACAAAGAGGUGGCUCCUUGUCAUGGAAAGAAGAGUGAACUUGGAGUCGAAUGUCCUGGGUUAAAAUUCAACUUCUGGGGAGUCACAUAAACUGAGCGGCUAGUUCCUCACUUGGGACAUCUAGGGUUUGGGGACAGAUGGUUUUAAAAGGCUAUUUUAUUUGAAAGACUCUGGCUUGAAUAUAGGACCAAAGUUGUUAAUAUCA